AUGCCGCUGAACGAAACUGAAAUAGGACACAUUCCCCCGUCGCCGGCCGGGUAUCAGAUGCGCCCGGAGCUAAGUGAAACAUUUAAGUCGGAAAAGAUACGAGAAAUUAUCAACACCGUACUGACCGAAACGCUAACCGGACAAUCAUACUCGGCAGCGGAUGCAUCCCGCUGGACUAAAUCGAUGGCGGAUGAAAUAAGCCUGCAAGUGAAGGAUCUCGAAAUGCAUCAUUACAAACACGUGGUGCAGGUGUGGAUUGGUCAGCAGCUCGGCGCUGGAUGCAAAUGUGUGGCCCGUUGCCGAUGGGAUACGGAGUGCGAUAACUAUGCGACGGCUGAAUUUAAGAACUCAACCAUGUUUUGUGUCGUGACAGUUUACGGCCUUUAUUUGUACUGA